AUGCCGCCCCGCCUGCGCAUCAGCCUCUGUCCUGCGCCAUCACCAAUCCCAUCAACAUCACAAUACAUCUGCAUACAAUGCCGCCACGCUUCCAACGCCGGCCGCUUCAGCACAACACCUGCGCCAUCUCUCGCUUCCCUCAAAGCAGCGCCUCUGCUCACGCGCUAUCCUCCAACCCAACCGCCAUCAUACAAACCGCCAGAGUUCCGCAAAACCCAACUCCACAGACAAUAUCAAUCCGUACUCCGCGCAUCUCCUCUAAUCCUCCUCUUUCAACACAACAACCUCAAAUCCACCGAAUGGRUUGGUAUUCGUAGAGAACUCGCUACGGCGCUUAAAAAAGUCGACGAGGAACUGGCCAAGAAUGGGAACACAGAGUAUAUUGGCUCAGAGACGAAGCUACAGGUCGUACAGACAGGCAUUUUUGCCUCGGCGUUGAAGAUUGUGGAGUUCUGGGAUCCCAAGUUUGAAGCGAUGCAGCAAUCCACAGAUCCCGCCGGAAACCCUAAAGCGCAGGCGACUUCGAAACUUACACAUGGUCUCUCGAGGAAGGCGUAUUAUGUUGCGAAUAAGAAACAGCCCCUCAAUCACGGCCUGGAGCCACUUCUCUCCGGCCCGCUGGCGCUUUUGACUCUGCCUGCUGUGAGUCCCGCCCAUUUGAAAGCCGCCAUUCAAAUUCUGGCACCAAGCGCACCGGAUUUCCCGGCGCCAAAGAGGAAGGCUAGUCCCGGGUAUUUCGAACCAGCGGUGCAAGCAGGGUUGCAGAAACUGAUGCUAUUGGGUGCAAGGGUGGAAGGAAAGGUCUUUGAUGCCGAGGGCGUGAAGUGGGUGGGUGGAAUUGAGGGUGGUCUAGAUGGAUUGAGAGCGCAGUUGGUGGCGAUGCUGCAGGGUGUUGGAGCGGGUGUCACAAAUGCGUUGGAGGGAGUGGGGAGGAGUCUGUACAUUACCGUUGAGGGGAGGAGGAUGAUGCUGGAGGACGAGGAGAAGGGUGAUGCUCCUUCCUCUGCUGCUCCCGAGGCGAAGAGCGAGGAAGUGAAACCCUAG